UUAACGGAAUAUUCGAGGAAAGAAAGCUCCUUAGUGGGCCCUUACAUGUCCCUAGUCUUUUUUGAACUCAAGUCUUUUUAGUCAGCUUUCUGAGCUAAUGAUAUGUUUUACCUGGACCAGUCAAAUUUGUAUUAAACCAAGUUGAACCAAAUUAGUCUAUCUUAAUUUUUUAAACCAAUAAUCUAAUUAAACAAAAAUAUAAUGAAACUCUUCAUCUAAUAAAGAGUAGUAGCGCACGUCAUGGGAAAUAAUAACAAAAGACUGGCGCUGGAGCACGUCGAACUAAUUUUGGUGGAUUUGAUUGGUUUGGCACGUCAAACUAGGGCUAUGCUUGGUAAUGGUUUUAUGCUUUAGAAGAAAAAAAUCCAUCAUGUAGUAAGGAAAAGUGGCUUUAAGUCUUUUUAAAAGGCUUUAAAAGCUUUUAGAUCAAUAAAGUCUAAUUGAAUAGUUAGACUACAACCGUAGAAAUUUUACUACAUAAUUUAGUCUUUAAAUUUUUUUGAUAAUGUAACUAAUAUAGUUGUAAAAAUUUAAUGAGAAACAUAAUAAAAAAGAAACAGAUUCAUACGUCAAUAUCUUUUUACUUUAGAAAAGAAAGUUCAUAUAAUUUUUUCGUUAGUUUUUUUUGGCUCUACCUUUAAAAAGUACAUAAAUCAUGAUUGGUAAACUUUAUAGUUAUAGAUAGAAACUAAAACUAAAUAACAAUCCAACCAAUCAACUCGAAUGACUUUUAAGGCUUUAGAAUUAUCUCAAAGCUUUGAGACAUUUCACAACUAAAAACUGAUUUUUAUUUAAACAAAAAUAGGGAAAGGGAGACGUGUCAGAUACUAAAAUGUGAGUCUAUUCUUCUCUGUUAAAGUAAAAAGACUAUACGUAAAAGAAAUCUCAAUCCGCUUUUUUGCAUUUAAAAAUCAGAUAUAAAUAAGAAAGGAAGAAAGAAAGAAAGAAAAUCAUUAGUGAAGAAGUUUAAAACAGCUUUCGUCUCUUCUUCGCUCUCUCUAUUAUCCUUCAAAUCUUUCCCCUUUUCUUCCUCCUCCUCCUAAUCGUUUCCAAAGUCAUAAUCAGGUUCCUGCUUCGGGACUCGCUCUUCUUCUUCUUUCUUCCAAUUCUUAUUCUCAAUUGCUGCUUCAUUUGUUCGUUCUUUUCUUUCAUCUUCUUCUUUAGCGCGAUUCAACUUAAGCAUUUUCAGUGGGUUUCGCAAAUUUUCAAUCUUUUUUUGCUUUGAUUGUGUUUCGGUUGGUUUCUUGCUUCGUCACAACUUGAAGAAGCAAAUUGCGAUGUUCUGUUUCUAAUUUGAGAUUCCAUUUAUUCGUUUCUUGUGAGACUCCACCAUGAAAGAUUUUCUUGGAAAAUUCUCAGGCGUACAAGUAUGAGUAACACCGACGACGAUCCUCAGACGAAGCCUGAGACUUCUUCCGACGGAGCUGUCUCGCGAUCAGCUCGGACCUCCUUUCAAGCCGUCUCUGACUGCCUUCGUGCGAUUUCCUCCGGCGCUUCCACCGUCGCUCGCUCCGCCGCUUCCGCCGCCUCUUCCGUCGUUAACCGAGACGCCGACUCUCUUCACGACAAGGUACUAUGGGCGGGGUUUGAUAAGCUAGAGAGAGAGGAUGGCGACACUCGGAGAGUUCUUCUACUUGCGUUUCGCUCUGGUUUCCAAAUCUGGGACGUUGAAGACACUGGGAACGUCCAUGUCAUUGUCUCUGCUCACGACGGACACGCAGCCUUUAUGCAGAUGCUACCUUACCCGUUAGUCUCCGAGGAGAUAGACGAUGCGUUUGCUGAGAGCCGUCCGCUUCUGGCUGUGUGUGGUGACAGCUCUUGGGUGGAGAUUUUAGAUAUAGAGAGCGCUUCUGAUAACACUGAAAGUGAAACCAUAGUGCCUACGCAUGUGAAUGUCUACUCGUUAAAGUCAAACUCUUAUGUGCAUAAGUUGAAGUUCGAGUCUGUCAUCUACACCAUCAGGUGCAGUUCUCGGAUCGUUGCUGUGCUACAAUCAGAUCAGAUUCAUUGCUUUGAUGCUAAGACGUUGGUGGAGGAAUACAAUAUCCACACUAACUCCAUCGCGUAUGGCUCAUUGGGUGUUGGAUAUGGUCCUCUUGCCGUUGGUCCACGAUGGAUCGCUUAUAGCGGGAGUCGUAUUGAUGAGUCUAGCUCCACGGUUUUCACUUCAGAGCUUCUCCCACUGUCAUCAUCACCCGGUGUUGCACAGUUUGCAAUAGAAUCGAGCAAACAUAUUGUAACUGGGAUAGCGAGGCUUGGAGGCAAAGGGUACAAGUCAUUGUCUAACUUCUGCGCAGAGGGUCUGCCCAAUCCGUAUCUUCCUGGCUUUAAGGGCAUUGGAGGCGGUGCUAGUGAGAAAGCGCAAGACGCUGGUGACAUAGGAAUGGUUAUAAUCAGUGAUGUUAUAAGCAAAAGCGUGAUAUGUCAGUUUAAGGCACACAAGAAUCCGAUUUCAGCUUUGAGCUUUGAUCCGAGUGGGAUGCUUUUGGUGUCUGCUUCGACUCAGGGCCACAACAUUAACGUGUUCAAGAUAAUGCCGAGAAUCUCUAACACUAGUGAUGCGCCGCCCAUAGAGUGUUUUAUGCAUCUGUUCAGGCUCCAUCGUGGCUAUACUUAUGCGGUGAUACAAGACAUGAGUUUCAGCAAUGAUAGCAGUUUGAUAGUGGUUAGCUCGUCAAGAGGGACAAGUCAUGUGUUUGAGAUCAAUCCCGAGAGAGAGGCGCAUAUUCCUGUAACUCUGUCACCUGUUAUUAGGAUAAGAAGCCGAGACAUCAGCGGAUGGAUGGGGACAGUGAGCGGUGCUGCAGCUGCGGCAGCUGGAAUGGUUGGAGGAGGAGGAGGAGGCUCUCUUCAGGGUUCAACCACAUCAACUUUCAGCUACUGCGUUGAACAGCAGAAUAAGAACACUCACUAUGGUUCUACUGCUUCUGAUAAUAGUAGCGUAACGAGGAAUCUACUGGUUUUUGCUCCUUCUGGAUGUAUGACACAGUAUGCGUUAAAGGCUGGGGAGGGUGGUGAGGCUUUGGUGAUGACGGGGAUUGAUUCCGAGUCUGGUGCAGAGACUGAAGGACCGGUUGUGAGGAUACGAAGGUGGUACAUGGUCCAAAACCGAUCUAGAAGAGAGAUGCAAGAUCAGCAGAGGGACGUAUAUGGAGGAGGUGGAGCAACUUCGGGUUCUGGAAGUAACGUGUUUCCGGAGAUUGUUAGAAAGGAGAGUGCUGAGGAGGAACCUUGGAAAGCAAAUAAGAAAGGAAAGGCCCGUCGUGUGGUGGAUAACAACCAUCAGCUGUACGUGUCUCAAACAGAGUUGCGAAUGUAUCAGCCGUCUCACCUACCCUUAUGGGAAUGGGACAAUUGUAGGUUUGAGAAGUUGGUAUUGGAUGUGGAUGAAGAGAGUAAUGGGGAGAUGGAGAUUGAAAAAAUCAAAGGUCAAACGAUUGAAGCAAGAACAAGAGGUUCGCAUCCAGUCUGGGGUUGAAGAGGAGGAGAGUUGCAUUAGAAGAAGGAAGGUGAUAUGCUGCUUUUGGUUUUAUUGUUUCUUCACCAUAAACUCAGCUUCAAGUUCAGCGAUAGGACUACAAAAAUAACUGUGGAAAAUUGUAUAGAAAAUUAGAAAAGUUGGCAUACCUUUUAGAUGUAAAUAGCUAGCAGUAUAGUCUUCUUUGGUUACAGGUUGACCCCAUUAUAUUGAUUCAUGAAGUGCAUCUUCUUUGGAUGUAAGCGUAAUAAGAAAAAGAAAAAAAAGAAGGUUUUUGCCAUU